AUGUCGUCGGAGUCGAGCACGGUCGCGUCCCGUGCCCUCGCCACGUGGCGCAUGCGCCUCGACUCCGCCCUUCGAGCGGCCCUCGCCUGCGCCUCGAUCGGCCUAGCCACCAUCUACGGCCCGAAGCUCGUCGCCAAGGAAAUAAAAUUCGCCGCCUUUUCGUACCUAACGGCCGUGCUCAUCGUGUACGAUGCCACUUUAGGAGACGCGUUGCGCGGGUGUUGGCACGCCGUAUGCGCCACCGCGCAAGUGGUCCCGGCUGCCGUGCUCCUCCGGUGGGCGGCCGCCGGCGCCGGAGUGCCGGUGGGGGUGGCGGCGCUAGCGGCAGCGGCCGCCUCGUUUGCGGUGGCGCUGCCGGAGUGCACGCACGUGACGGCCAAGAGGAUUGCGCUCGGGCAAGUUGUGCUUGUAUGCACAGAUGCGGUUUUGGUGGGUGGAGGAGAAGGAGGAGGAGUUGAGUGGCGGCCGGCGUACGUUGCCGCCAGCACGGGGCUUGGGGCCGUGGCUUCGGUUGUGGCGAUGUUGGUGCCGUACCCGAGCUUGGCGGGUAACAAGAAAGGAAUGCAAUGGGAGAGACCUUUGAGCCGAUACCUGAACCCCAAUUCGGUGGGCCCCGCUGACACGCUACAAAUGAUUGAACUCCAAAUGAGAGGGAUGGAAUAUUCCCUGUCACAUUCCUCUAUUUUGCCGGUUCAAACAACCAAUCAAGAACAACUCUCCAACUUCUUACAAGACUUAUCAUCUCGUCUCAAACAGAGAAUCAAGCAUCUCGCCUGUUUUUCUCCUUCCCGAUCCACGACAGAAUCAGAAAUAAGAAAAGAAUUCACAGAAAAGCCUUUGGUAUCAUCAUCACUAGACCACGAAUCAUCACUUUUCUACUUUUCUUGCAUAGACAUGUUAAUAAAAGAUCCCACGAAUCAAUUCGUGACCCCAAGAGAACCCCAUAAAAACCCGAGGAGUCCCAAAACAGAAUGCACGGCUUUUCAAAAAACCAAAACUUGGAUCCUAAAUCUCUCCAACAAAGGGCGGCUUGAGUCCGCCCUCAAGUGUUCCCUCUCUCUAGGCCUGGCCCUUCUAUUCGGCUUGGUCUUCGACAGAGAAAACGGAUGCUGGGCGGGCCUCACCAUUGCAAUCAGCUUUGUCAUGGGCCGGCAGCCCAUAUUCACGAUGGCAAAUGCCCGAGCACAGGGAACAGCUAUUGGAUCAGUUUACGGCGUAAUAUGCUGCUUUCUCUUUCAUCACGAGGAGUUUCGGCUUCUAGCCCUCCUCCCAUGGAUAGUCCUCACAAGCUUCAUGAAGCACAGCCGAAUGUAUGGGCCGACAGGUGGGGUCUCAGCCGCCAUAGGAGCCCUGCUGAUAUUGGGCCGGAAGCAUUAUGGGCCCCCGCAUGAAUUCGCAAUCGCCAGGCUGGCGGAGGUUUUCAUCGGCCUGUCGGCUCUUGUUACGGUGGAGCUUUUAGUGCAGCCGGCCAGAGCAGCCACCCUGGCCAAGAAUCGACUUUUCCGAUCACUCUCUGCCCUUCAUGACUGCAUAAAAGAAAUGGGGAUUUGCGGCCGGUUAGAUUCGAAAUUUAUUGAAUUAGGUGAGAAAAUAAAGAGUUUUGAUACUCAAGUACAGGAACUGAAGAAGAUUGUUGAGGAAGCGGAUUUGGAGCCCGAUUUCUGGUAUUUGCCUUUUCGGGCUUCUUGUUACCGGAGGAUUGUUGAGUCCUUGGAUAAUAUAAAGGAUAUGUUGUACUUCAUUGCGUGCGAUUUCGAAAUCCUUUCAGAGGUAGCUGUGUGCAAGGACUUGCACGAGCAGGUGAAUAGUGAGUUGGAACUAUUCCAAGAAGCUUUAAGAUGCUCGCAGGUUUAUCUAGAGACAGCCAAUAUGACCGAGUUUCGAGCAAAUUCUAAAGAGGGCUCGGAUGAGAACUUUAGAGACCUCGAGGCUGGGAAAGAGACACACGAGUUAAGUGUUUUAUCGAGCAAACUUGAAGUUGCAAAGAGAAAUAGAGAGGAGGCUGGCAAUGAAGAUAAUGAAAAACUGAAGGAGCAGAUGAUUCAAUGUCUUGGCGCAACCGGGUUUUGCGCAGGUAAGAAGCAAAAGGAAACUCUAUUGUACAAUGUAGCCUUCAAAGACUUUAAUUUGGGGCACUUACUGGCAAAUAGCACAACUGCAAACCUUGCUAAUUCAACAUCAUCUGCUUCUACUCUGUUUAAAGAACACCACCGCCACGAACGCAAGAGCUCAGCCACCGAAACCAUAGAGAGUACGGCCCUGCCUCUUAAGGGCGUACACAACAUCCAUGGCCGUCACGGUCUUCCGGCGGGCAUGCUCAGUGUAGGUGACGGCAUCGCGGAUGACAUUCUCCAGAAAGAUCUUCAGGACACCGCGAGUCUCCUCGUAGAUGAGGCCGCUGAUGCGCUUGACACCGCCCCUCCGGGCCAGACGGCGGAUCGCCGGCUUCGUGAUGCCCUGGAUGUUGUCCCUGAGCACCUUACGGUGGCGCUUGGCUCCGCCCUUGCCGAGGCCCUUGCCGCCCUUGCCACGUCCAGACAUUUUUCACGAAUUAGCUCUUGA